AUGCCGCCUGCGACGGCAACCAUCGCCACUGGUGAACAAAUUCCCGAUGCUUCGUCGCCGCUGCUGUCCAUAACCACUUCCUUCGCCGCUAUCACAGCCCUCGCAACGACGACGACGAAAACUACCGCUCCCCCCACUCCCAAUACUGGUAAGGACACUCCCGACGCUCCGUCAACCACCAACCUCAACACCAUCACUAUCACCACAACCACUCCCACCACCAGCACUGGUACCAGUCCAACCUGUCCUCACUGCGUUCGCGCCCUUACGCAAUGGCCUGGUUUGUCAUUUGCGAAUCUAUCUCCCUGAGGCCAUCGAACCACUGCCUGGAACCCUGGCAUACACCCGCCACAACCGCCCCCACAGCUCACAUAUCCCACGCACAUCCAGUCACCGCAUGAGUCUAUUCGGCCACAUGCGCAUACACGACGUGGAAUUCACCGCUAAGUCGACACGUUAGACCCACCUCACACAUCCAACAACGUUCCCAUUACCAACACUAUCAACUCCCCCUCCACUGGUAUCUCUACCGCCACGGACAGAACAGCUCCAUCCUAUUCUACCUAUACUACCACUGCACAUUCGCCCCACGCAUCGGUCUGGUCGGUACCUGCAAAUGCAUCGCACUGAGACUAGAGAGCCAGUGCCAGGAGCACCUGCCGACCCUGUCUCAAUUACUCACCACAGGCCUGGAAUAGACAACUCGCGCGUAAAUUGGAAUGGUACUCGUUAGUUCCUUCCCUACGCGACCUCUAUGGCACUCUAACUCGUGUGAGAUCAGAGAUUAGUAGUCCCUAUGUGUGUAAUCCGGGCUUACUCUGCGGGGUCCAGGUCGUGUGUAGCGCGCGCAGACGGGUUAUGUAACUCUGUUGACCACCUGCGCCCAAUUCCCGCUUUAGAGCACUGACUGGCUCAGACAGUGGACCGGUACCCGUCAGAGGGAAAAGGGUUGACUCUGGGGACUGCGUCGCUACGGCACUCAACUCAUAUUCCUCACUGUAAACAAGGUGACGGGGCUUUAAACUGCCACGGUGUGCUGCAAAUCACGCCUAGGAAGCUGCCAUCUGACGGGAUAACUUGGUUCUCCCGUCAGGACGGAGGAUCGGACAGUCCCACUCAGCUGGAUUCGAGCCGCUUCCUUGUUCCUGUCCACACUUUAGCUUUGGCAGCCACUGAGUCCGAUUCCAUCUCAAUGCCUCCUGACACUUGUGGUGGGGAGAGUGAGAACGCGGAAGAUGUUGCUCAAAUCCUCUAUCGAUGUGAACUAAUUCAAUCGCAAGUCGCCGUCUCUGCGCCCACCAUGCCGUGGGGCACACGGUGGACAUGA